AUGCCCACAGAGGAAGUUCACAUUGAGCAACACUUCAUUCAAAACAUACAGCGCUUACCUGAUGGUCGCUUUUCAGUCACUUUGCCCAAAAAGGACAUCUACAACUAUACAUCAGUGCUCAACAUUAAUUGGCAUUUCAUACCUCCACGCGCACCGUCGUUCGGUGGUUUAUGGGAAAACGCAGUCAAAAACUUCAAAAAAAUAUUCAAGGUGGUCACAUUCGACAAAACAUUCAACUUUGAAGAGAUGUCAACAUUCUCAGCUCAAAUUGAGGCAAUCCUCAAUUCGCGCCCUCUAGUUCCACUUUCGGAAGACCCUCAAGAUCUUCACUACAUAUCACCAGGUCAUUUCUUGAUCGGUCGCCCACUCACAGCAUUACCAUUUCUCAACCCACCCACCACCCAUCAAGAUAACAGAUCUCGUUGGAAGAUUCUGCAAAACGUCACUCAAGAUCUCUGGGACAGAUGGUCUAAAGAGUAUCUCGUCACACUACAACGCAAAAACAAAUUUCUUUCAACACAAGACAACGUCACAGUAGACACAAUGGUCUUACUAAAAGACAUUGGUUCAGUACCUUCAUCAUGGCGCCUAGCCAGAGUUGUAGACACCCACCCAGGAAAGGAUGGGAAAGUCAGAGUCGUCACCGUACAGACCACCACUGGUCGUUUCAAACGUGCUAUUUCAAGCAUUGCACCUCUUCCUUCAUUCGAAGAAGAAGAUUAG